AUGGUUGAUUCUUUAGAUGAUUCAAUCAUCAUGGAAGAAAGAGAGAAGCUAAUGGUUUCACUUGUUGAUGAUGAACCUUUACACCAAGAAAUAUGGAAGAAAGCUGGAAUCUUUGAAGCUAUUUUAGCUCCAAUGUUCGAGAUUUAUAAGCACUAUGAUUUGAUUCUUGCUCUAGCAGAGAGAUGGUGUAUGGAGACUAAUACAUUCAUUUUUCCAUGGGGAGAAGCAACUAUUACCUUGGAGGAUAUGGUAGUUUUGGGUAGUUUUUCUGUUUUGGGGCACUGUGUGUUGGAACCUGUUAAGACCGAUGAUUGUGUUAAAGUUGAAAAGAAUCUUCAUAAAGCUCACAAAGGUAUUAAAGCGCGUAAACUACAUAUCGGUCACCAUGCUUGGAUGGAACAUUUUGCAAGAAGAGGUGACCAUUUGGAGCAUGUUGCAUUUUUGACCCUUUGGUUGUCCACAGUGAUGCAUCAACACUUUCAUAACAAUUCUCCCUAUAUAGUUCCACACUCUUCCCACAAAAUCUUCUGGAACCGCAGCAACUUCCUUGACUCUUUUCUGCAACACAUUAAGGAAAAGGUGUCGAGGAAGGAAGUUGGGCAGUCCAAUCCAGUUGGUUUCCUCUAAUGCUCUAAUCCCUUCCAUCGAAAUUCUUCGCAUGUAGCUCGUCAGAAAAUUGAUGUAGCAUUUCAACCAGUCUAGUUGUGCAGUGCGUUUCUCUUUUUUCAGGGUAUUCGUCAAACUCCCCUCGAAGAAGAAUUUUCUUUAACGAGUCCUUGAAUGAACUAAGAAUACGCAUGAAAGUCGUUAAAGCUUCAGCCAUAGAACUUAAAUGCUGAGGUAGCCUGUUGAGUUCAGCCAAAUUCGUAGAAAGCUUGUCAUUGAUUUUCCUCUCAAUAUCAGGCAAAGGUUUCGAAAUAAUGGUUGCGUGAAUGCACACCAGCUUUUGAGCCAAAACAGGAAUGCCAACCAUGGACUUACCAAUCUUGGACAAAAGUGGAUGGUUUUCAAAAAGCCCUGCCUCAUUUUUCCUAGCUGCUUCAUAAGACUCCUUCCCAAUUCUAUUCCUGACACAAAUAUAACCAAGUCCUAUGUUCACUUCAUCCGCGGUAACCUUCUCAAGCAAUCCUUCAGGAGCUUUAUCCGCUUUCGUCACAACAGCCAGAGUCCUCUCACCUGUUUUGUCCACUUUUUGAGACAUUCUGAUAGACUCACAAGUUGGGAAAUCAACAGUAGCUGAUAAAACAUUCAAGAUUAUGCUUUCUCGAGGAGAUAUAUACGUCUUGAUAAUAUCAGAAAUUUGCUCAUAAAUAUCAUCAGGUUGUCCCUGAACAGGAACUCUAGUAAUGACAGGUAAGUCCACCAUGGUCAAAUUAGGGACACCAUUCUUUUUCACAACAAGUGUUAAGAGUUUAUUCGAUAUCCCCUUACCAUGUCCAGCAAUCUCAUCAGUAGCAAGAAUGAUCGCAUCUGCAACGCUAACUUCAUCAACAUCGACUGACUUCCCAUUGUAUCCAAGCAUAGAUGUGGUGCAGUACUGAAUUGUGGAUCAUUCUGUAGCCUCAUUAUAAGAGGAACUCUAGUGCAAAUGCCUUGUCCCUUAGGGAGAAUGAUGCCAGCAAGGGGUUCAAGAACACUGGAUUUUCCAGAUGAUUGAUCACCAACUACUACGAUAGUUGGCAGUUGAAUUCCUUCUUGCAUUAUGUUAAGGUGAUGGAGCCUAUCAACACAAUCAAGAAGUGGCCUGAUUCUAUCAUUGACAGAUGCAACAAUGGGAGGACUACAUGGUGCUACUACAUCAAUUGCAAGUGACUCUGAAGACGAGGAAUCGUCCAUUUUUUGAACAUUGGAAGGUUUUGUUGAUGAUGUUUCCAUCAUUGUUUUCUUUAUCAGAAUGUGUUUGGUUCCUUAAUUGUUGCUUUUUUAUAUACUCUUUGCGAAGUACUUAACCUUUGCAGAUCGAUUGGAUGGUUGUUAUUUAUUGUAUUGUUAGUUUCAAUGCAGUCCACGUAUUUGUUUUGAUUG